CAUUUGAAUAAAUCUACAGCCAUGGGCAAACUAAAGCAACCUAAGCGCAAUAGCGCCUCUGCCGCAUCCCCCUACGCCAAAGCCCAAGCGACCACAAACAACGUUUUCAAAUUCAACACCAACGUCGGCCAGCAUAUCCUUAAGAAUCCCGGCGUUGCAGAGGCCAUCGUCCAGAAAGCGAACCUCAAGCCCUCCGACACCGUCCUCGAAGUUGGUCCCGGUACUGGCAAUCUGACUGUGCGAAUACUUGAGAAAGCAAAGAAGGUUAUAGCAGUAGAGUUGGAUCCUCGCAUGGCUGCCGAAUUAACGAAGCGUGUACAAGGUAAACCGGAGCAAAAACGGCUGGAGGUGUUGCUUGGGGAUGUAAUUAAGACGGAAUUGCCUCACUUCGAUGUUUGUAUCAGUAAUACGCCAUACCAGAUUUCGAGUCCGUUGGUGUUCAAGCUGCUGGCCCUUCCUAAUCCGCCUCGGACGUCGAUUCUCAUGUUUCAGCGCGAAUUCGCCUUGCGACUUACGGCUCGCCCAGGGGAUGCACUUUAUUGUCGGCUGUCGGUGAAUGCGCAAUUCUGGGCUAAAAUUACACAUGUCAUGAAGGUGGGAAAGAACAAUUUCAAGCCUCCGCCACAAGUCGAAUCUAGCGUUGUACGUAUCGAGCCAAAGAUGGGCAGUGAAAGACCCGGCGUAAGCUGGGAUGAGUGGGAUGGGAUGCUGCGGAUCUGUUUCGUAAGGCGGAGUCGGACUAUGAGGGCGAGUUGGAUGGGAAGUAAAGAGGUCCUUGCAAUGGUGGAGCGUAAUUAUCGGGUCUGGUGCGCGAUGAAUGAUGUUGCGCUUGACGAGACGCCUGUUGGGGAGGAUGAUGAGAUGGAGAUUGAUGCUGCGCCAGAGGAGGAAGAGGAGUGGGGUGGCAUUAUGGAUGAGGAUGGGGUAGAUGACGUCCCUGCCUUUUUUAAGGAGGAGCAGCAGAGGAUAGCGAGGGAAGCUGGAAGUAAGACGAAGAGUAAGAAGAAGAAGACUAGGGUUGCGGAGUUGGUGAGGGAGAAGAUUAGGAAGGUGUUGGAGGAUGUUACUGAGUUGGCGGAUAAGCGUGCUGGGAAGUGUGACGAGAACGAUUUUCUACGUUUGCUUUUUGCCUUCAACGAGGAAGGCAUUCAUUUUGCUUGA